AUGUCAGCUAUCCUUGAUCAAAUUGAAUUCUACUUCUGUGAUUUAAAUCUUAUUCAAGACACUUUUUUGAAAGGGGUUAUUGAGACUAGCAAUGGUUUUGUUACUAUUGAUACUUUAAUGGGAUUUGUUAAAGUUAAAGAGUUAACAGAAAAUAAAGAAGAAAUUAUCAAUGCCCUCUCAAAAUCUUCUUUCCUUGAACUCUCAGAAGAUAAACAAUCUGUCAAAAGAAAGACCCCUCUUCCAACUGAAGAAGAAAUUAACAAACGAUCACUUUUUAUUAAAGGGUUUGGCAAAGAUGCUACAAGACAAGAAAUUAUAGAUGCCCUUAAUAAAUUUGCACAAGUUGAGUGUAUUAGAAUGAAUUAUGGAAGAAAUAAAGAAGGACAAUUUUAUCUUGGAAACGCUUUUGUUGAAUUUGUAACUGAAGCUGAAAAAGAUAAAUUUAUCAACUCCAAACCAACUUUUAAAGAAAACCCAUUGGAAUUUAGACCACGAGCUGAGAAAAUUAUUCAAAAACAAAAGAAUAAAAAAGUAUCUCAAAGAGUUGAGUAUAAAAUUGUUGUUUCUAUUAAAGUAUGUAAUAGAGAUUUAAAAAAUGCUAUCAAGAACAAUGAAUUACUCAAAACAAAUGUUGUAAAAUAUUUUGUUGAUAAACCUCUUUCUCCUGUUGAAGAAAAGAAUGAGGAGAUUACUCAAAAAGAAGAAGAGACCACAAAAGCUGAAGACAAAAAAGAAGAAACUACAAAGGGUGAAGAAAAGAAUAAAGAGACUGUAAAAGCUGAAGACAAAAACGUAGAAAAUAAAACUACUCAAAAAGAUGAGAAAAAUAAAAAAGAAAAUGAUGAUAGAACAAAGAACGUUUUCGUUGCUGUAAAAGUUAAUAAUGAUUUAGAACAAGUAAAAGAGGCUUUACAGCAACUUAAAUUCUAUGGUAAAGAGGUUAUCGUUUCUGAGUGUACACCAGAAGAAAGUCAAACUUUCAAAUCAUUUGCUGUUCCAGGAAAGAGUAAACCUAAAUUUUUUGGAAAGAAAGGAAAAAAAGAUUGA